GAAUUCAUUUUUGCCCGUGGUGCUUUCCACAGCUCCUGAAAGUGUCUGCUGACAGUGAAUGAAAUAAAAGGGGAGGAGAGAGAACAGAGAGAAAGAGGUGUUAUCUUACCAGCCUAUGGAGCUUAUCGCUCCACUCCCUUCAUGACGCUGGCAACUCCUAAGCCUAUAAAACGUGCCUUAGCUCCCAGUCCCCUUCUCCUUCAGCAAAACCAAAAGCAAGAGGUGGCUGUACAGAGGAGGAAUGGGACUCUGUUCUACCCAGAGGUAGCUCUCCUGAUUCAGCUAGUGCAGCAUUUCUAGCAGUCUGAACAGCAUAGCCAAAGCUUUUUCUGACAGCUCUCUCCUUCCCAGUACUUGGCUGUGCUGCCUAACUUCCUUUUUUCUUUCUUUCCUCUUCUUAUCUUUGGGGGGGGGAUUUUGGAGGGUCGGGAGAGGGAGGUGGGAGAGACAUUCCCUGAAGAAAGCGGAGGAUCAUCCAAGAUGACUUCUGUCCCCAUAGCCAACUGGAGUGUGAGCAGCAGGUGGAACAGCAGCCUCGCUGCAGCAGGCGAUCCCUGGGGACAGGCGCUGGGAGCCCCAGCUGGAAAUGCUUCUACCCCCGUGGCAGCCAACUUCUCCAAUCAGUUUGUGCAGCCCUCCUGGCGCAUCGCCCUGUGGUCCCUGGCAUACGGCGCUGUGGUGGCGGUGGCCAUUUUUGGGAAUCUCAUUGUCAUCUGGAUCAUCCUGGCUCAUAAGCGCAUGCGGACGGUGACCAAUUACUUCCUGGUGAACCUGGCCUUCUCCGAUGCCUCCAUGGCUGCUUUCAACACUCUCAUCAACUUCAUCUAUGCGCUGCAUAGUGAGUGGUACUUUGGGGAGGCUUACUGCCGCUUCCACAACUUCUUCCCCAUCACAGCUGUCUUCGCCAGCAUCUACUCCAUGACGGCGAUUGCCGUGGACAGGUACAUGGCCAUUAUUGAUCCCUUGAAACCCAGGCUCUCUGCAACUGCUACCAAGGUGGUCAUUGGGAGCAUAUGGAUUUUGGCUUUCCUGUUAGCCUUUCCUCAGUGCCUCUACUCCAUAACCAAGAUGAUGCCUGGGAGAACUCUUUGCUAUGUAGCAUGGCCAGGUGGUCCAAAACAGCAUUUUACGUAUCAUGUCAUUGUGAUUGUGCUGGUCUACUGUUUCCCACUGCUUGUCAUGGGCAUCACUUAUUCCAUAGUGGGAAUUACUCUCUGGGGAGGAGAAAUACCAGGUGACACAUCCGACAAAUAUCAUGAGCAACUCAAAGCUAAGAGAAAGGUGGUAAAAAUGAUGAUUGUGGUUGUGUUGACAUUUGCCAUCUGUUGGCUGCCCUAUCACACUUACUUCAUAGUUACGGGGAUCUAUCAACAAUUAAAUCGGUGGAAAUACAUUCAGCAAAUCUAUUUGGCCAGUUUUUGGCUUGCCAUGAGCUCUACCAUGUACAAUCCCAUUAUCUACUGCUGCCUUAAUAAGAGGUUCCGAGCUGGCUUCAAACGAGCUUUCCGCUGGUGCCCCUUCAUUGAGGUGUCCAGCCACGAUGAGAUGGAGCUCAAGGCGGCCAGGUUUCACCCCACCCGGCAAAGCAGCCUCUAUGCUGUGUCCCGUAUGGAGUCCAGCAUGACCGUAGUGCUUGAUGAUGGAGACAACUCCCAUGCCAGCCGCAAGAAGAAAGCAGCAGCUCUAAGGGACGCAAGUUUCAAUGGCUGUUCGCAGAGGAACUCCAAGACCACCUCUGCAGCCUCGAGUUUCCUCAGCUCUCCGCGCACAUCAGCAGAUGAUUAUUCCUAAGCAUUUCAGGGUGACACUUGCUGGAAGGGCAAUGCUGGAUGGGCGAGAGGCAACACUCUCCCACCUCAGAACUAGGUAACCGUAUCACCAGAAAACAGUCACAAUUCAGCCGAUGAAGCCUAGCUACAAAUAUCAUGAGACUUUUAGGCAUCACUUUACGUUUGUGCUUUGGAGAGAAAGAACUUGAAGACAUACAUACUCAUCAGUCCAAAAGCACAGUCACACCUUAUACAUAGCAUUGUUUGUAAUCUAAACAUUAACUGAAACAAGCCAAUAGCAUAAAAAAACAUUGUUUCAGCUGUGUCUGACCUGUGGUGUUUCUGUUUCAUUUACUGAAAUACAACAGGCUCCUUCACGUACUGAAGCUGGAUUCAACCCACAUACGUAUCCCUUCCCAGCAACUACGGAUGCCCAGCAUCGUGGUGGUGAGUGUAUUACAGAGACCAGCCAUUGGAGUCGUGUUUGUAUUGUGAUUCACCUGUACAGUGCAAUUCCUAUAUUCUGCUAAAUGUAACUUGUACU